AUGGUUUUAAUAUAUGUGAAAAUGUCUGAAGAGACCCACAGUUUUUUGUAUGAAACAAAUGUAAACAAUUUGAUAAAGAAUUUAAAAAAGGACCUAAUAAAUAUUUACAAUCUUAGAUGCAAAAUAUUGAAAUUGUUAGAUGCAUCAUUGGAAUUAGCAAAACAUGGCCCUUUGCGACCUGAGGAAUUUAGAGGCUUAACUGAGUGCGAUUCCUACAAUUCAAAUGAAGUGAACUGUCCCGAUGCAAAUAAUUUUAGAACCGGAAUACCGCCACCAAAAGAUGGUGCAAUCAAGCUAAUAAAUUUGGUGGAGAAAAUGAAAAGACAAUUAGUAGAGAAUGGUCAAAAAAAUGGGGUGUCUUUAAACAAUUUAAGCAAAGACUUAGAUCUGAUUGUUCAAAAUAUAAAAAUAUGUUACCCUGAAAUGGAAACUCUUCCAAGUUAUGAACCCACAAGAUUAAUUUUGGAAAAGGAAAACUAUUUUAAUGACGAGCUCGUUUUCGAUGAAACGUCGAUGUGGUGGGCUGGGAAAGAGAUGGAUGAAAGUUUAUGUUUAAAAAAUAUAAUUGGAAAAAAUGAAAAGACAAAAAUUAUAGUAAAAUUAAACCCUAAAAAAAUGGGACCCCCAGAAAGAGAACCACGAAUAGAUAGUGAAACUUACAAAGCUAUGUUAGCAUAUUACCAUCAAAAAAAAAAAGAAGAAAAAGAAUUUGAAGAAGAUGAUGAUGAUUCAUAUUUAAAUUCGGAAUGGGCUAGUCCAUUAAGUUUACAAAAACAAUUACUUGGAAAUUUACAUGAUUUAAAAUGGAAACCUUAA